UCUAACAGUCGCGUAUCUUCUCAGUUUCUCGCCGAUUACCCAGAAGAAUAAACUCUUCCUUCUCCUUCCCGUAAACACACUCUCUCUCUCUCUCUCUCUCCAUCUCCCUCCCAAUUUUUAUGCAUAAUUUUCAAAUCGGAUCUCCGGUCACUAUCCUCCCCGGCCGCCGGCCAUGGCCACUCCUACCCUAUCCGCCGCAAACGAUUCUACUCCGGCGAUCCCAACUCCUCCUCCACAACCCCUCGAGAACGGCAAUCCAAUCAGAAUAAGGAACAACAAGACAACGAGGAAGAAGAAUCAGAGGAAAUUAUUGUCGAUUGACGAAGCUUCUUCCUCGUCCUCUGCAACUUCUACUUCAUCCUCUUUCAGCUCUGCCCAGAGAAAUCCGCGGCCCGCCGGCGUGCCCCGUCGCCGGAAGUUGGUGGUUGCUCCGUUACGGCGAAGUCGCGGGGAUGGUAUUCGUGGGGAGAACUUGGACGCCGUUGCACUCCCUCUCGGCAUGUCUUUUGCCGCUGUUAUUGCGCAGGUUUUGGAGAGGAAAGAUGCUGAAGGCGAAAGGAUGAUGUCAGCCGAGCUCCUUUCAGCGAUAUGCACCACUGCUGUCAGAGAAUCUUUAGCAAAUGUUUUUGGCGAUAAAUUUGAAUUAUUCGCUAACAACUUCCAGCGAUCAUUUCGGAGCACAUUAAGGACUCUUCGAGUGAUCAAUGAAUCAUCUUUCCAUGUACCUGAUCGUAGUUCGAGCCACCUGAAUCCCAAUAAGUUCAAUCGUGAUGUAUUUUCUGACAACCGAAUUGGCUCUACAAGUACCGGAAAUUUUCUCAAUGAUUCGGACUUGCCAGUCAGUUCAGUGCUCAAUCAACUGAAUUCAGCUGAAGAAAGAGAGGGCCAGCUGUCAACAAUUUCCUUGACCCAGGAACUCACCCUGCGUGACCAUGACAACCGACUGACUUAUACUCCUGGCUCAUUUGGUUCAAGAACGGAGUUGAGCACCAUAGAGAGGUCUGUCGUUGAGCAAUCUCGUUCCAAUGACCUAAAGGCUUUGGAGAUUGCUCUCUCGAUGAGAAGACUGAAGUUGAAAGAGGAACAGAUAGCUCUUGGGUUGGAUUCCAAUAGACUCGAGAGGUCUAAAUUAGCAAUGGGUGUAGACAAGGCUUCUUUCAGAGCUGAAAAGUUCAAGACCCAACUAGAAGACACGAAGCAUGCUGAGCUGCUUCGGAAUUGCACAGAUUGCCUUGUUGCUGGUUUGUUCUUCAUGUCGGGAUCCCUCUCGUAUGGUGCAUAUGUUUAUUCAUAUAGAAGGAUUGCAGAAGCUACCGAGUCUUGUACUACUCCUUUUGAGGAAACCAAGUCAUGGUGGGUCCCGAAAUCAUUCUCCUCCUUCAACUCCAACCUCCACAUUCUCAAGUGCCAAGCCCAAGUCGUGAGCAGAAUGCUAUUUGGAUUUCUAAUGAUCCUCUCAGUCGCUUACCUCCUCCUCCAACGGUCCACCACCUCGCAACGGUCAGCAAUGCCGAUAACCUUCAUCCUACUUCUGCUCGGAGUCAUGUGCGGCUUUGCUGGAAAACUCUGCGUCGACACACUAGGAGGGGACGGCCUCCAUUGGCUCUUUUUCUGGGAAACCAUAUGCUCCAUCCACUUCCUCGCCAACAUGUUCACGUCUACCGUGUUUCGUGUACUCUGUGGGUCACUCCACAUCUCCCCAGGAGGGUCCAGACCUCGUCGGAGAAUAAUAUUAUGGCCAUACUGGCUUCGAAGAGCAGUUUUCUACACCGUCGUGCUGCUGGUCUUGCCAUUGUGCUGCGGGCUACUGCCAUUUGCCGGGUUAGGGGAGUGGAAGGAUCAUUUUGCAAUGCUUGUCAUGGAUUGUAUGCCGGAAGGUGCAAGCCGCCUUGCUACCACAAUGACAAUGUUAGACGAUGAAGGGUUUUGCCCGAUUCGUUGGUAAUGUGUAACAUAAAGACUUCUGUCAUGGGGAUGGAUGUCAGGCUGAUGUAGUGAAUGCUUAGAGUUACUGAUUUUGGGAGGCAGAUCGCGGGGAGUCUUUAGGGGUUUUAUUUAUAGAGGGCUGAUUCAGAUUGUCAGCAGCAGCAAGCAACAGUUGAAAAAUGUUGAGUGGGUGGUUGAUGGCUAAAACUGUGUAGUGUACCCUUUUGUACCGACUUAUAAUCGUUGUGGUGACUGAUGAUGAAGGAACACUGUCCUUUUGUAUCAUCUUGUUGUUGUUGAAUAAAAGGAUCUUUUGUUCAAUUGAAGCUAUACUAUGUUGAAGC